AUGGAGGACCAAGGACCAACAGCCGAUCUCACAACGAACCCCAUUUCAUUGAGCGGGCGACCACUGGAGCAGGCGCAGGAGUACAAUUACUAUGAGAGAACGCAUUGGAUGGAACGAGCUCAUCAGACGUCGCCGAAGGGAAUGGUCGACGUGGGCCAGAGUAACGAAGUUAAAGUGGGCUUGGGCCGGACGCAUGUGCCAAUGUUGGAGCAAGCGCGUUUUGGAGUGGAGACCCCGGCUAUGCAGGAGAAGUGUGGGCAGACCACCAGCCCGACCGUCCGA